AUGAGUACUUAUCCGAACAGUAAUGGAGAUCUGCCGCUGGAGUCGUAUGUGUCCGCGCUCGCGACUGCCCCGUCGGCGCGCCGCUCCGGGGUCGGGCGGACGCUGAUGUCGCGUGUCGAGGCGAUCGUGUGGGAGGCAGGCGAGAGCGUGCUCUCGCUGCAGGUGGACGAGCUCAACGGGCCCGCCCUCCAGCUCUACCGCGGGCUCGGCUACGAGGUGGUCGGCAGGGAGCGCGCGUCCACCACGCCGUCGAGGUAUGGCCUCGUCUCGAAGCUACUGCUCGGCGGUGUGCGGGAGCGGACCUUGCUCGUGCUGCAGAAGCCGCGGCCGCCCGCUGCGGCCGAGGCGGCCGAGCCGGAGGUGCCUCGCGGGCGUGGUGUUGUGGGGCGGUUGCUGCCUGGCGUGAGGCGCCGUUUGAAAGCGCUCAAACAAAACUGA